CCUCGAUCACUUAACCGCACGCGCAUUCUUCAUCACUUCUAUCAAUAUCGCUGACCGAAGGUGCAUCGUCCUCUAGGCAGAUAGCAGUAAUGGACUAUGGUAUCCCGCCUUUGCCGCCAAACACCUCGCUCGCAAGUCGCUCGUUCCUCAUCACCGGCGCCACCUCGGGUUUGGGGUAUGCAACCGCUCUGAUGGCCCUCCAGCUUGGCGCCUCUCCCGUGUACAUCACCGCACGCGACGUGUCCAAAGGCACAUCGACCCGCGACUCGCUCCUCGCCGACCCGGUCGUGAAGGAGAACAACCCGAACGCCAAGGUCGAGGUCUACGCUCUCGACAUGGCGCGGUGGGAGGGUGUGCUAGGAUUCGCCGAUAAGUUCAUCGAUGAUCGUACUGCGAGCGGCGAGGGACUGGAUAUUGCUAUCCUAAAUGCGGGGAUGUUCUCGAUCGAAUAUGAGCUUGCACCGACAGGGAACGAGAUGAGCAUCCAGGUGAAUCACCUGAGCACGUCCUUGCUCGCUCUGCUUCUCUUGCCGCUUUUGGAGAAGAGCUCCACCCCGGACCACACGUCUCGACUGACGUUCAUCACCUCGGUCCAGCACAUGACCAAGUACGGCAGACUGACUGCUUGUCCGCCGGAUAACGUCAACUACCUGGAGUCGCUCAACGACAAAGCGACGUUCGACCGGACACAGCGGUAUGGGGUGUCGAAGACCCUGCUAAUCUAUAUCGUGCAGCAUCUCGCCACCCACGUGUCGCCUGACAAGGUCAUCAUCAACAACUUGUGCCCUGGUGCGAUCUACACGUCAAUCAAUAGAAACAUGCCGAUACACUCAUGGCCACUGCUCGCGUGGAUGUGGCGACAUGGAAACACACCCGAGGCUGGUGCGCGCACGUACAUCCAAGCUGUCGCUGUGCUGGGGAAGGAGAGUCAUGGCAAAUGGUACCAGCGUGGAAAGCACAGGAAGUAUGGCGACUUCGUGCGUGGCCUCGAGGGACAGAAGAUGAGGGAGAAGGAGUGGAAAGAGACGAUGGAGGUGUUGGAGAAAGUUCGGCCAGGCAUUAGCCAGGUGGUAGCGUGA